AUGCCACUUGCGCCUAGUCGCGUUUCGAAAUUGCCACGAGAGGUGGAAUUGCCCCUACUAGAAAAUCGACAGUAUACGUGUUUGAGCACGACACCUGGUGAGCCGGCCGACUGUACACUUCGAUUCAAAGAUGGCGAUAAUGAACGAACAACAAUCAACGAUAGCGGCUGCUUUACGGAGAAUGAUGCAAAGAGCAACAAGCAGAUGGUUUACUGUCCGCUACAGUGUCCAAAAGCUGACUCUGCUUAUGUUUCGCUGAAACGACCAUCGAACAACAACAACUGCGUUUCGUUCUUCAGCUAUAAUGUGGUAAAACGGCAAAAUGACUGGUUCUUAUGGAGAUCUGGAAAGUGUCUUCAAGAAGAAAUUCAAUUCGAUAUCGGUUGUACAUUCCCAUUUAAAAAAUCCAUAUCGAAACGCAAAGCAAACGCUAAAUUCAACAGUCAGAAGAGUUCUUAA